CUCCCUGGGGACAGCCCCUCCUGGCCAGUCACACCCUGUAGGCUCUUCUAUAUAAACCAGGGGCUGCAGGGGCUGCCCCUGGGUCACCACCACCUCCACAGCACAGACAGACGCUCAGGAGCAACCAGUCAGGGUCCCAAAAGCCGCCACCAUGCCGUUCGGCAACACACACAACAAGUUCAAGCUGAACUACAAGCCUCAGGAGGAGUACCCGGACCUCAGCAAGCACAACAAUCACAUGGCCAAGGUGCUGACCCCUGACCUCUACAAUAAGCUUCGAGAUAAGGAGACCCCAUCCGGCUUCACUCUGGACGAUGUCAUCCAAACUGGGGUGGACAACCCAGGUCACCCAUUCAUCAUGACGGUGGGCUGUGUGGCCGGCGAUGAGGAGUCCUACACGGUCUUCAAGGACCUGUUCGACCCCAUCAUCCAGGACCGCCAUGGCGGCUACAAACCCACAGACAAGCAUAAGACCGACCUCAACCACGAGAACCUCAAGGGUGGAGACGACCUGGACCCCAACUACGUGCUGAGCAGCCGCGUGCGCACUGGACGCAGCAUCAAGGGCUACACUCUGCCCCCACACUGCUCCCGCGGAGAGCGCCGCGCGGUGGAGAAGCUGUCUGUGGAAGCUCUCAACAGCCUGACAGGCGAGUUCAAGGGCAAAUACUACCCUCUGAAGAGCAUGACGGAGCAGGAACAGCAGCAGCUGAUUGAUGACCACUUCCUGUUUGACAAGCCCGUGUCACCUCUGCUGCUGGCCUCAGGCAUGGCCCGAGACUGGCCCGACGCCCGCGGCAUCUGGCACAACGACAACAAAAGCUUCCUGGUGUGGGUGAACGAAGAGGACCACCUCCGCGUGAUCUCCAUGGAGAAGGGAGGGAAUAUGAAGGAGGUUUUCCGCCGCUUCUGUGUGGGCCUGCAGAAGAUUGAGGAGAUCUUCAAGAAGGCUGGCCACCCCUUCAUGUGGAACGAACACUUGGGUUACGUGCUCACCUGCCCCUCCAACCUGGGCACCGGGCUACGCGGAGGUGUGCACGUGAAACUGGCGAACCUGAGCAAGCACCCCAAGUUUGAGGAGAUUCUCACCCGCCUUCGUCUGCAGAAGCGCGGCACAGGUGGCGUGGACACGGCUGCGGUGGGCGCCGUGUUCGACAUCUCCAACGCCGAUCGGCUGGGCUCAUCCGAGGUCGAACAGGUGCAGCUGGUGGUGGAUGGCGUGAAGCUUAUGGUGGAGAUGGAGAAGAAGCUGGAAAAGGGCCAGUCCAUUGACGACAUGAUCCCCGCGCAGAAGUAGGCAGGGCGCGCGCCUGGCGCACCAGCCUGCCGCGGGCUGGAGCCCUGCCCCCUGGAAGUCCAAUCAAUGGGCUCUGUCUUCUGGGUUCUGGCCAAUGAGAACCUGCCUCUCCGGAGCCCCGCCCACCUGCUAAACUCCCGCACUUGGGCGCUCCGGAGCGCCGGCUGCUUUCCCAUGCCCAUGCCCUGCCUUAAAUAAAAGUCCGUGGUGGCCUUAGC